GAGUAAGAGAUUUACGAUGAAUGGAUGAUUAAUUAUUAAUGACUAGUACUUUUUGUUCGCUUGUGUUGUGUUUGCGGUGCAAGUGUAAACUAUGUUCUAAAAUUAGCGCAUUUCGGAAGAGUGUAGAAUGUUUUGUUUAUUCGAAUGCAAUUCUAGGAAGAAACUAACGAAUGUAAUUACGGUGAGAUCGUGCGAAAUUGUUAUCUGCAGUUCGGCUGGGUAAAAUUUGCGGUCACUUUUGUGAACUAAAGUGCGCCAAAAGCUGUACCGACGACGAAUCAGUGAAAAUAUCAAACGGUUUUCUGCUUCCAAAUAGGGUUGACCAGACCAGUUAGUUAGAUAGAACGGUGUCCAACGCGUUGUGGGAAAUAGUGCAUCAAGAUCCGUGGAGGCGGUCGCGUGGAAGACCGCUAAAUAUAGAACUUUCCGAGCGUCUGCAGUAGCAGCACGUCGGGAAUCAACACACAUACAUUGCACCCUUGGCUUGGUCGCGCAUUUAAAAUACCAGACAGCUGCAUCAGCCGCGAACGAAAUUGCGACCAAGGCAAGGCGAGAUGAGUCGCUGCGACAACAACUGGAAUGUGAAACUGUACAUCCUAACGUGGAAUGUUAGCACAAAGUUUCCGGAAAACCUGUCACUCAACAAACUGCUGGGUUUGGAAAACGCCCACCAGGACGCGGACCUGCCGGAUUUUUUCGUCAUUGGUCUACAAGAAGUCAAUGCCCAACCGCAGAACACGCUGUACAAUCUCUUCAAGGACGACUUGUGGACCCAGCGGUUCAAGGAGCUGCUGAAAGAGCGCGAUUAUGUUGUGAUAAAGACGGAACAGAUGCAGGGACUGCUGCUGUCGGUGUUUGCGCGGCGGAAACACUUGCUCCACCUGCGGCAGGUUGAAACGGAAUACACGCGGACGGGGCUAGGGGGGAUAUGGGGCAACAAAGGUGCUGUUAGUAUAAGGCUGAACGUGUACGGCUGUUCGAUUUGUUUGGUGAAUGCACAUCUGGCUGCACACGAUCAUAUGCUGGAGGAGAGGAUCAACGAUUAUGAAAAAAUUGUCCAGGAACACAAGUUUCACGUCAAAACGAAAGAAGCCAUUUUCGAUCAUGACUACGUAUUCUGGUUUGGUGAUCUUAAUUUCCGGUUGACGGGGGAAGCCACAACAUCGGCGGAAGACAUUCGCGCAAUGGUUGCGAAAGACGAGAUCAAGAAACUGAUUGAGAAGGAUCAACUGCUGCUGGUUCGGCGAGAGGGUCGCGCAUUCGAGAAACUUAACGAAAAAUUACCACAAUUCCCCCCAACCUUCAAGUUUGAACACGGCACCAAUGAUUAUGACAUGAAACGACGACCCGCCUGGACAGAUCGGAUACUGUACGCUGUUAAGGAGAACCACUACCGAAACGUGAAACUUACAGUCGAACAGACGUCCUACAAAAGUCAUCCCAGCUACAAUAUCAGUGAUCACAAACCGGUAACGAGUGAAUUUACCAUCAAGGUGGUUCGUAAACCGCAGUACAGUGGUGAACGUUUCAAGACCCAGCAUUAUCAACGGCUUAGCUACCGGAUGGCGAUCGCCAACGGUACCGAGUCGAGUCCACAGUUAAACUCAUUCGAUGACCUCGUUUCCGAUUUGACUGAUGGCGCACAGGUGUACGAGGAUACGACCGAGCGGACGAUUGUCUUCAAGCCGAUCGAGCUGUGGCUGGUGGGAGAACCGAACAAGAUCGAGUACACGAUUCCGGCUGGUUUCGAGGAAGGUAGCGCUGACUGGAUCGGCAUCUAUCGGGAGGAUUUCACAAGCCUGAGUGAGUACUUGGCGUACGAGUACACCGAAGGGUUCAAGGAGAAGCAGCACCAGCUUAACGCACAGCAGAAGCAGCAUUUGAAGAACACCCGAACGGUCGAGCUGAACUUUUCCGAAAACGUCAACCUUCCGCUGGGUGUACGGUAUCAGCUGCUGUACUUCCAGAGUACCGGCUCCCGGGGGGUUACGGGUUUGGUGGGUAUUAGUAACACUUUUGCGGUGGAAAAACGAUGCCCGUCGCCCUCGUUCGACGACAUCGAUUGAUCCGUAGAGGGUUCCAUCGUUGAGCGAACUGUUCCGUUGGUUCAAAAUAUUGUCAUGAUGAAACGCUGGCAGAAAACACCCGACAGUGGCACUUGAGUGUGAUAAAUGAUAGUCACUAAAUUUAAUUGUUAUUAAACGUGACAUAAUCGGUAACAGAUUGGGUCAUUUUAGUGCAUAGUUCCUGACGAGAGAGCUUAUAUAUUUAUUGUAGAGGCCUUCAAUUUUGCUGUGCUUGGAAACUGGAAGCGAUGUCUGAUGGAAGGAUAAAACCUCUAAAAAUCGGAAAUCAACAAAAAUAUUUUCAAAUUUGAAUACACCAUUCCAAAGAAUCCAAAAAUUUUAUUCGGAGACGCUGGGAUGAAUUACAUACCAAAUGAGAGUUACUCAGUCAGUCCCGGAUUUCAAUAAAUAGUUAACAGACGUUGCAAACCUUCUUCGCUUCCAGUUCCAGGCGGUGCGAUUGGCUUACUAUAGGGUUACCUAGUUUUACCGCAGAAACAGAAUUCCCUGCCCUCCUAAAGUUAAACGAAUGCCUUUCGGUAGUAAACGGAGCGGUGAUUUGGUGGUGCCAGCCAAUGCUAUGCCAGUGCACGCCUAGAAAGAACAGUAGAAACAAUACCGAAAGCCAUAACGAAUAUAUUUUAGUCAGGUUUUGCAGUUUGGCUACGCGGCAGAUAGCUAUAAUUAUAGUAGACUAGACAAAGAUGGCUUUUGCGCUUGAGCACUAUAUAUUUUCAAUUGAACACCUGUGGAUUCAACCAAAAAUUGUAUUAAACGGUCUAGGUAUAUUACAGAUAGUACAGGUACACGAAGGUUUCUGUGCGAAAGAUAAAGUUGAUCAAUUCUAGCUUUUAAACAAAUCCGAUAGGAAUUCAUAUUCGAGAGGAAUAGUAGUUGUAAUUUGUUAACGGACGCAACGGCUUCGUUAUUCUAAUCGGUUAAGUAACAAAUUGCCAAACUGGACUACGUACAGGUUUACGCAUAAGUUGACAAUUUUAGAUACCUAAGCUAGUAUAUUUCUUGUUCUAAGAAACACCGGAAGUUAUCAUUCUGCACCCGCCCCCCCCCCCCCCUAGUGUAUAUUUGUUCGCCCAAAAUUGUGACUAUGUUAGUAGUGAAAAUUGCUGUUGUUUUGUUUUUGGUUUAAGAUAAUUUGUCACUUCAACUUCAGUUGACACCGACACAGUACCACAAAACUCCAACCAAAUUAAAGCUAACGAAUUCGCACCAGGUGAAUCGCCUACAUACCAUUACGUAACUGGUAGUUUCCAAAAAUAGAUAAUCGGCGCUUGUUUCACACUUGGAAAUUUCAUUAGAAACAUGCCAGCCGGCAAUACAUUGCAUUUGAAGUCAUUCAG